GCGUCGCGGCCGGAGCGGGCGGCGGCGGCGGGGCCGGCGGCGGUCGGGGAGCGGGGCUUAGACUCGGCGGCCGGCGGGGCGCGGACGGCGCCGCCAUGAACGCGGCGGUGGUGAAGCGGACGCAGGAGGCUCUGGGGAGGGUGAUUCGAAGGCCGCCGCUGACGGAGAAGCUGCUGAACAAGCCCCCGUUCCGCUACCUGCACGACAUCAUCACAGAGGUGAUUCGGAUGACCGGCUUCAUGAAGGGCCUCUACACGGAUGCGGAGAUGAAGUCCGAUAACGUUAAGGAUAAAGAUGCAAAAAUUAGCUUCCUCCAGAAGGCCAUAGACGUGGUGGUGCUGGUCUCCGGAGAGCCACUGUCGGCGAAACCGGCCCGGAUCGUGGCCGGGCACGAGCCUGAGAAAACCAACGAGCUUCUCCAGAGACUUGGAAAGUGCUGUCUCAGCAAGCUCUCCAGUGAGGACGCCGUGAAGAGAGUGUUGGCCGGAGAGAAGGGGGACGUGAAAGGAAGGCCCUCGCUGGCGGCGAACCCUCGAGAAACGGAUCAUAAGAGCAUGAGGGACGGAGAGUCCGGGGUCCCUAGAGGUAAAGAGGAGAGGAGAAGAAACUCGGAAGUCAACGUGGGAAGUACAAGCCGAGAGAGGAACCAGAAAGAAGAGCUGAAAGAAGAGAGCCCGCCGCGGGACAAGGAGCGGGACAAGGAGAAGGCCAAGGAAAAGGCCAAGGAGAGGGAGCGGGACAGACGUAAAGAGCCCGCGAGAGACGCGGCCGGCGGAGGGGAGCGCGAGCGGGCCAAGAACAGGCCCAGGCCGGGCCGGGACCGGGACGCGGAGCGGGAGCGGGAGCGGAAGGUCGAGGCGGGCAAGGAGAAGGAGCGGGGGAAAGGCCGCGAGCGGGAGCGGCGGAGGGCGAGAGACGGGGAGCACGCCCGGGACCCCGACAGGGAGAAGAGCCGCGAGCACGACAGGCCGGAGAAGUCCUCAAGCACAGGCGAGGCGUCUAAAAAGUUGUCAGAUGGAUCUUUUAAAGACUCCAAAGCCGAAACAGAGACUGAGUCCGCGCGGGCGUCUAGCUCAGUGACAGCAAAGACGUCGAAACGGCGAUCCAGAAAUUCGGUGGAAGGAAGAAGGGACUCUAGAACCAGUGGAAAUAGUCUCCCCACCGAGAAAGAACGUAACUCUUGCUACAGCAAAGCUAAGAAGGAACAUACGGUGAAACAGCUUGAUGCUGAUUCAGCUGGUCUGUGGCGAGACAGCGCUGAGCCCGAGCCCGCAGUGAAGCAGAAAGGUGACUCCCCUAGCGAUGCAGAAGGAGAGGUCGGACCCUCUGGCCAGGACAAGUGCGAGGCGUUGGAGGACUCCCAGCCACCCAGCGAGCUCCCAGCCGCCGUCAGGAGAACACCCCGGCCAGGGAGCGCGAGGCCAGCGCCGCCCCGGGUGAGACGGCAGGAGAGCGCCGAGGCGCUCCUGACGGACAGGACGGGGAGCGGGAAGGCCGUUGCACACGUGAUUGUAGAUUCGCAGAAUUCUGACAACGAGGGCGACGACGAGUUUGUGGUGGAGGCGGCCCCCCAGCUCCCCGAGACGGCCGAGCUCGAGCUGGUUCAAGCAGUGGAGCUAGAAGGAGACGAGAAGCACGGAGGACUUGUCAAAAAAAUUUUGGAGACUAAGAAGGAUUAUGAGAAGUCGCAGCCGUCACCCAAACCCGGAGAAAAGGAGAAGGUGCUCGUCUUCGAGUCGGCCUGGAAGAAGGAGAAGGACCUCGUGUCCAAGGAGAUAGAGAAGCUGCGCGUGUCCAUCCAGACCCUGUGCCGCAGCGCGCUGCCCCUGGGCAGCAUCAUGGACUACAUCCAGGAGGACGUGGAUGCCAUGCAGAGCGAGCUGCAGCUGUGGCACAGCGAGAACCGGCAGCACGCCGAGGCCCUGCACAAGGAGCAGAGCAUCACGGACUGCGCCGUGGAGCCCUUGAAGGCGCAGCUGGCCGAGCUGGAGCAGCUGGUCGGAGAGCAGCAGGACAAGAUCCGCGCCGUGAAGGCCAGCAUUCUGAGGAACGACGAGAAGAUCCGGAGGCUGGUGCACAGCGCCAGCUUGAGCUCCAGAAGGUGAAGGCACGCGGCGUCCAAGACUGAAGGUCGCUGUCCUCGGUGUGCGGGUAAAGCGCAAGAGACAGGACGGCGUUUACCCCCCUUGGGGUUCGGGUGGGAGGCAGGGAGCGGGGUUCGCUGGUGGCCCGCUGCCUCUCCGCGCCCGCGGCCCGGCUUGCUCCGUGUCUGAGAAGACCGUGCCUGCCCACCUUCCUCCGGCUAGCGUGCUUGCCGGCUAUAAAGAGCUCUGCAAAGCGCCCGUGCGAGAAGUUUCUUCACAGGCCUGUCCUGGUAUUUCUGCGGCAGGCUGCUCUGUUCGGUUCUGUGCCGGGUCCUCUGGCGGGAAACCCAGGGCGUAGGAGACCUUGACUUUGGACUCAGCCCGGGGAGGGGCUCCUCUGCUGAGCGAAGGAGGGCUGCACCUCCUGAUGAGCACUUGCCAGGGAGGCCCGAAGAGGAACCCGUUGCAUUUUUAGCUCGUUGCCACUUGGAAAGGCUUCGGUUCCGCUCCUGUCCUUAGAAGGUACCUGUGGCCUUUUGUUUUCAGCCUCUUGGGAACUACACGCGCUGCUUCGUGUAAUUUUCCUCUGGGUCCCCGCUCUCUCUGGCUUGUAUUUCCAGCCCUGGCAGUUCACACACUUGGCAGGGAGCCCUCGGAGUGGCUUUCACGGCUGUCGUCUGCACGGGAGCUCGUCACAGGCCGUAGCCUCACUCUCCCCAGCAUUUACCCUGGCCUCCCCCACGCGCCUCCCAGCAUAGUUGGAGGGAGCCCUCGGCCCUGCAGACGGGGGGCUGCUCGCCACCUGUUCCUUCCCACAGGCGCACACCUGUGCCCCUGAGAGGCCGGGAGCUUGGGGGAAACUGCAAAAGGAAGAUUUUAGGGGGGGUGCGGGUUUACUGAAGGUGUUGAUGUUACCAUUUUUUAAAUUGUUUUUUAAAGCAGAAGGUUUUUUUUUUUUAAAGCAUCGUUUACGUGUAGUUUUCACCCCAUGUGCUGUUGUAAAUGCUAAGGUCUGAGGUUUGCGUGUGAAGAUUCCCCUGCCUGGAGACAGGGGUCCUCAGGUCUGGGACCUGACCCUUUGCCUCUAGAUACCGUGUGUACCGUGCAAGCCAAGGAAUUGCCUGAGGAAGCUUUGUUUCUUUAAAAGGUUAGCACAAAGGGCACGGGUAAGGUUUUCUUAGGGUAAUUUCCAAGCUGGACCUGUAACAGGGAGGUCGUAUGAUUUUCUGAGCCGAGUUCAAGAUCAGCUUAUUAAGAUCUGGCAUCUUGAAACACCGGUCCUUCCCCCGCUCUGUGCGGCGCCUGGGAGUCUGUUGGAUCAGAUGGCCCGAAACCUGUCGUUGGGGGAGGGGAGGCGCGUCCGCUCCCGGCCUCCCCUCGCGUGUCCGUCCUCGGUCCCUGCGACGCGGCCGCAACCCCACGUGGGCCCUGUCUUGCCCCAGGUGAAGCUGUCUGCCUUUUCUCAGUCUGUCCAGAAGAGGAGAGUUUUUGUGGCGAAAGAAUGCAGACCUUGUAUGCGAGUAAAAUUUUGUAUGAAAUAGUUGAUCAAAUUGUAUCAUAAAAUUUAUUUUUCUUUUAUACAUAAAUCAUUACAAAUAAUC